AUGCUCCCCCGAAAAUGCACAAUUCGUUUCGGCACCUCCAUCACUCCAAACUUCGCGAAACUCAUCGACGCCGUGCCUCCAACCGAUUCAGACUUCACUAACUCAACACUCCAUCCCACCACCACAUCCUCCAGAAUCUCCGAGGCUCCAGAGCUCUCAAAACUCAGAAGACCCUCACUAUCCGCUAUUUUAUCAGCGAUUAGUGAUCAAAAAACACUUUAUUUAUGGCAAAAAGCGAAAAUCGAUGAGAUGGGAUUGAGCGCUUUCAAGGCUUAUAUGACGGAUAGAAUGGCGUUGGGAACAAGAACUCACACAAAAGUUGAAGAAAUGCUGAAAAUUGGGCAUAAUGAGAAGGAAUUGACUGAAAUUAUCGAUGCGGAGAAGAAUUUGGCGAUAAGAAACUACAUGAAAAGCGCGUUUCCCGUGAUUCUGAAAAUUCAGAAUCCGGAAAUUUCGAUUUGCGAAAAACGAGUCCGACACCCUCUGCUAGCCUAUCAAGGACGAUUCGAUGCCGUCGUCAAGUGGAACGACAACUGGACAAUUCUCGACUGGAAAACUGCACCGGCGCGAUCUUCUUUCAGUCAGCAACGGGAGGAGAGCCUCUCCUACGCCAGCUACGUCCGCCAACUCGCCGCCUACGCAUCCGCCUAUAACUAUGAUGUUCGAUUCGAGGAUUUGCCUAUCGCAAAACAGGGUCUUCUCGUCAGCCUAAAAGAAGACGGCGCGCCAGCAGAACUCUAUCAGAUUCCAGAAGAAGAGAUGGAGAAUACGUUGAGUGAUGUGAAGGAGAAGUUGAGGGAAUUCUGGAGCAAAGUGACGUCAUCGAAAGGAACGAAUAUCGAUUUUGCCUAUAAACCGCCCAUUUAA